GUGGCAUCUCUUGGCAAGGAGCAAUUUGUAGCAAUGUAUCUCAGUGCUGGUGUAAUUAGUAGCUUUGCCAGUUUUCUUUAUAAAGUGGUACUCAGCCAACCUGGCUUGAGUCUUGGAGCGUCUGGAGCAAUCAUGUCAGUUUUGUCGUUUGUGUGUAUGCAGUACCCCGACACAAGAUUGAGUAUAAUCUUUUUACCUAUGUAUACAUUUGCUGCAGGUACGGUAAGUAUUUAAAACAAUGAUGCAUUCAUUCCUAUUGUCAACUCUUUAAACACAUAUUUAUUUUUUAUAUAAAGUUAUUCUUUAACUCUUAUAAGCCAGUGCUUGACUACUGUCCCACCUGAUGGUAAGUUAUGAUGCAGCCAAAGAUAGUAAAGCACAGAAUAGAAUAAUUUUUAUUCAAUAUAGAUCCCCGAAACUUCACCGCUGCAUUGAAAGACGUUUUCAAACUUCUGGACUGAAAAGGAUACGGUAUUAACAUCAAUGUCGAGUACAUCACUCACCUUCGAUUUGCCGACGAUAUAGUCCUUAUGGCAGAAUCGCUGGAGGACCUAAGCACUAUGCUCAAUGACCUCAAUAGUGUCUCCCAACAGAUAGGUCUUAAGAUGAACAUGGACAAAACAAAGAUUAUGUUUAAUGUCCAUGUCACACCUAUGCCGGUAGUUGUUGGGAGCACUAAGCUCGAAGUUGUUGACGAGUAUGUUUACCUGGGACAAAUAGUCCGACUAGGUAAGUCCAACUUCGACCGAGAGGUUAAUCGUCGGAUUCAACUCGGCUCGGCAGCGUUCGGGAAGCUACGACACAUCUUCUCGUCAGACAACCUCAAAACCUUAAAACGAAAUUGUACAACCAGUGCGUGUUGCCAGUGAUGACUUACGGAACUGAGACGUGGUCCUUCACUGUUGGCCGUAUGAGGAAGCUCAAGGUCGCUCAGCGAGCUAUGGAGAGGGCUAUGCUCGGAGUUUCUCUGCGUGAUAAACUUAGGAAUGAGGAUAUCCGCAGUAGAACCAGAGUAACCGACAUAGCCCAACGGAUUAGUAAGCUGAAGUGACAGUGGGCCGGCCAUGUAGCUCGAAGAACCGACAACCGAUGGGGAAGAAAGGUUCUCGAGUGGCAGCCUCGUACCGGUAGGCGAAAUGUAAGGCGACCCCCCACUAGAUGGAGUGACGACCUGGUAAGACAUGCAGGAAGUCGAUGGAUGCAGGGGGCUCAGGACCGUGCUUUGUGGCAUUCCUUGGGGGAGGCCUAUGUUCAGCAGUGGACUUAUGAAAGACUGUAAUGAUGAUGAUAGAUCACAUGUAAUUCUUAUAGAGUCAAUUUUUAAUUUACCACACAACUUACAGAGACAUAGUUUAACGAAAGCCUCACUCUAACCUUUGAGAUGCCUACUUUGUAAUUGGAUGGAAAUCAUAUAAUAUUACAUUCCUUUGUUUUUAUACACGACGAACAUCAAAGUUUUAUAUAUAAAGGAUGUCCCGUGGCAGAUUUAGGAUUUCUUGAUUCAAUUAAAGAAGGUUAUUCUUUUAAAAUUUAUAUAUUUGUCAUAAAAAGAAAGACGAGACAUGCGGAUUUUAUUUUUUUAAUAUCACUUCUCGCACGAUAUUUUCUUUUAAAUCCGAUAGAUCCGUCGGGUUGCUGUCGUACACUUUUCCCUUUAAGUAACCCCAUAGAAAAAAUCUAAUGGGGUGAGAUCUGGCGAUCUGGGUGGCCAUGCGAUGUCCCCAAAUCGGCUAAUCAAUUUUCCGGGGAAUUCUUCGCGAAGGAGACUCAUGGUGGUUUUUGCUGUGUGCGGCGUGGCGCCAUCUUGUUGAAACCACGUGUGGAGAGCUGUUCGAUGGAUGUUCUCUUAGUUUCGGAAUAAAAUAUUCGCUAAGCAUGCGGCGGUAGACAUCAACAGUUACGGUUACUCCACGAGAAUUCUCAAAGAAAAACGGUCCAAUUAUUCCAUUGACAGAAAGAGCUGCCCAAACAGUUACUUUUGGGCUAUGCAAUGCUUGUUGGUGUUUUAAUCCUCUUGGCGCCCAAUAGCGGCAGUUUUGUUUAUUGACAAAACCAUUUAAGUGAAAAUGAGCUUCAUCACUAAACCAAAUUGUGUUAACAGUACGGAAUCGGCUCAACGUGUUAUCACAGAACUCUUUGCAUUCUCUGUAGUCAUUUGGUUUAAGUGCCUGUACCAAUUGGAUCUUGAAGGGGUGGAAUUUAAUGUCCUAGCUUAAAAUACGGUGCACCGUGGUUUUUGGAAGCCGCAAACUUGACGCUCUCUUGCGCACGGACUGGCGGGGAUUUUCUUGCACGCUGUUUGCAACGCGUUCAAUGUUUUGUGCAGUCCUCGACGUUCGGCUAGGACCUGGGCGUGGCUCGUUAACUGUUGAACCUGUUGCACGGAACUUCUGGACCCAUGUCAAAAUCAAACUUUCACUCGGUGCUUCACUUAAGCGACGAAUAUUGUAGUGAGAACAAAAUCUCCGGCGAGCAACAGUGCACGAUUUGUUAGCUUCAAAAUAAGCUUCAACUGCGAAAGCGUGGUGCGCGCCAGUCCGCUGCGACAUCGUGAUCGACCAAUCCGCACAAAUGCCGCGCCAAACUGUCACCCCUCCCCGGUACCCCGCGCAACCGUUGCAAAAAUAUUCGAAUUUUAAAUCCUAAAUCUGCCACGUCAUUUAGAUAAUAGCAAAAAACGGAAUUGUUUAAAGAUCACUUUUAAAGAUGAGAGAAACAAAAUAAGCAAAUAUUUUCAACAUCGUAUUUGGUACGUAAUAAUCACAUUUAUUCUAUUCUGUUCAAGUUAAAAACUAAGAUAUCGUAAAAGCAGUCUAUAGGAAACACUAGAAAGAUCUAAAGGCAUCUUACAUACAUAAACUCUCGCGCCUUCCAUGUGUGGGGUAAGGGGGGUAGGCAGAUAAUACAUUCAUUUGGCAUUAUGAGUCCUGACAUAGCUCACGCUUCUUUCACAUCCACAUACAUGCUCCUAUCCCCCAUCCUACAUACUCAUCUGUUAAAGGUAUGGUAAGGUGGGUAGGUCAGGUAUUGUGAUCGUCAAUCCAAGAGUGGACAAUUACAUCUGAUUAUUUUAUUUUACAGCAAUAUUCCAAAUUAAAAAAAAAAAUAUUUUUUUAUUCACAGGCUAUUAAAGUAAUAAUGGGUGUAGAUUUUGCUGGAGUUGUAUUGGGUUGGAAAUUUUUUGACCAUGCAGCACAUCUUGGUGGAGCUUUAUUUGGAAUAGCCUGGUGCUAUUGGGGUGGAUCACAUGUUUGGGGAAACCGAGACAAAUUCCUUCAGUAUUACCACAACUUCAGAAAGGACUCUAGAUAAUUAAUGUUUUAGAAAAUUUAUUGUGUAUUGCAUAAUUACACAAAACAGAUAAUAUACAGAUAUUAAUUAAAUUGCAUUCAAUUAUUUUGUUAUUUAUUUUAAAUUGUCUUAAUAAUUAAUAAAACCCAAUUCAUAUGAAAUUAUUUUAUUUGAACAUUGAACAUAUGUACAAAAAUAUAAAUUGUUUUAAAUGCACAGCUCAUAACAUAAAUAUGAAUUAUUAAACAUUGACAAUGUUUUAUAUUUUGUUUUAAUAAAAACCGCAAAAGCGUCUUGUUUUAUUAGUCUUCUAACACUAUACAGUAAGAGCUUUAUUGUAAUAGGGCCAUAGUCAGUGGCGUAGCAGGGGGCGACGGCCCUGAGCGGCAUAUUUUGGAAAUAAAAUUCAGUUUAAAAAAAAAGGCAGGGGAUUGAGAGGCGGCAUAUUUUGUUCUUGCGGUCCCUGGCGGCAGGAACCCAUGCUACGCCACUGGCCAUAGUCACUAGUAUUUUCACAAAAUUAUAAAUUUAUAUAUCAAGCCUUCAAAAUUUUAGCGUGGAAAUUGAUGUGUUCGCCUAUGUAAGUGGAAAUAAAGUAGUAAGAGUGAUCAUAUCCUUCACGCAGAUUCAAUAUCACUGGUACUCCAACAGAGCGACAAGCUUCCACUAAGUUCUCAGGCAGUAAUUGUUUUUCAAUGUAAAAUUUGUCAGCAGCGCCCUGCAAAUAGCAUAACGUAAUUCACAUUAUAAUUUCAAUACUUUAAAUAAUAUGACUUUAAUCAGGAAACUAUGCACAUACUGCAUUCCACACUAACUACAUAACGACAUAUUUUUUUUUAAUAAAAUCAGCUCAUCUCAAUCUCUACCAGACCUCUGUCACUCUUGCUACCUGCGUGAUGUAAAUAUUAAGUCUUUACCUAUGAAAUUGCAGUUAUUUAUAAAAUCAUUUAACGUAAUUUUUUAUCUAUAUUUUUUAUUUCUAUUAAUCAAAGUAAUAACUCAUGCAAUCGAUGCAUCUUUGCCAACGCAGUGGCAGAGUUCAUUGAUGCAACUAAUACGGGAGACAACAAAAAAUUCUUCAAAGGCAUUUUGUACUGCCUCUCGGUUCUGGAAAAAGUAGAAGUCUGUAGGCGCAACGUCUGGUGAGUACGGCGGAUGACGGAGAGCUUUCAACCCCAGCUUUUGUAACUUGGAGACGGUCUGUUGUGCAGUAUGAGGUAGCGCGUUAUUGUGCAAGAGCAGCGCGGCCUUUUCUAGGGGUAAGUUUUCGUUUAGAACAUUGUUUAGGUGCUGAACCAGGACCCAACCAACUUGCUGAGCGCUUGCGAUUGUCAAACAGAAUCCAUUUUUCGUUGGAGGUAACAAUGCGGUUCAAAAUUCCUUCGUUUGUAUGCCUGUUGAGUAAUGCAAUGCACGUCUAGACGCAUACUUUGUCGCACCUUCGGCACCCAUUUGUCAAAAAUUUUUACCUUGCCAAUUUGACGCAAAUGAACCAAUAUUGUUUUGAUGCUAACGUCGAAAGCUGCUGCUAAUUCAGUUGUAGAUUGAGUAUCAUCCAGCUUCCACAACACUACCUUUAAUUCGUCAUUGUGGACCAAAGUUGUCGGAAGACCACGGGGUUCAUUUUUCAGGUCGAAAUUCACAGAACGGAAGCGGGCAAACCAAUAAAAGGUGGUGCGUUCUUUUGUAGUAUUUGUUCCGUAAACAUCGUUGUUUUGUGCCGCGUUGCUGCCACGACGGUACUCAUAUUCCAUAAUUACUCGAAUUUUUAACGUAUCCAUGACGUAUCAAACGAAGACGAAACAGUUUCAAAUGCGAUGAAAACAUAACGCUAAUUAAUAUACAAAUUACUAAUUUUGAAAAAAAAAUUACGUUUAUAAAUAAAACUUGAUUUGAAAUUAGAAUUCUUAGCCAAACAAAAAUUAUUUUGAUUUUAAAUAUCCAGUACUGCAGAACGGCAAUUUCAUAGGUAAAGACCUAUUACCCACAAUCGCGCGGAACCUCUAGUUACAUACACAGUCAGGCUUAGCGCGUUAUAAGCGAGCGACGUACUCUGAAUUUCAAACUUUUUAUACUGUUUACAUAAGUAGAUUUUUGGAAAUAUUUUUUGUUUUGUAAGUAAGUAAUACUAAAAAGAUUGCAAUACAGUGGACAAUGAAUGAUAAGUUUAUGAAAAUUGUCCAUGCGGACCGACCUAAGCUCUACAUGGCACAUCACAGAAGAAUCUAAACUAUAAAUUCUGUUACUAAACUUUAAAUUUACUAAAAGCAUAUAUUUUUUUAGUCAUGAAACGCUAUGAGAAUUUUGACUGUCAUUAUUUAAUAAGUGAAAUAAAUUUGUAAACAAGUUUAUUU